UAGUGCAAAAAAGAAACUCCAAUUAUCUGAAAUGACAAUUACUAAUGAACCAGUAUCUGCUGAGGUGGGAGAAAUGGUGACUAUUCUUAGCAUUGAUGGAGGUGGCAUUAAAGGAAUCAUUCCUGGUACUAUUCUUGCUUUUCUAGAAGGCCAGCUCCAGGACUUGGACAAAAAUAAAGAUGCAAGACUUGCAGAUUACUUUGAUGUGAUUGCAGGAACAAGUACAGGUGGCAUAGUGACCACUAUGCUAAGUUCUCCUAAUGAAAAUAAUCGUCCGUACUUUGCUGCCAAAGAUAUUGUGCCGUUUUACUUCGAGCAUGGCCCUAAGAUUUUCUCACCAAAUAAUAGAUUUGGUUUCAAUUGCAGAAAUGAAACUAGUGACGGCCCCAAAUAUGAUGGAAAAUAUCUUCACAAAAUUCUGCGAGAAGAGUUGGGAGAGACUCGUUUGAAUCAGACUUUAACACAUGUCAUCAUUACAUCCUUUGACAUCUACAACCUUCAGCCAACAAUAUUCUUCAAGUCGGAGAUAGAAAAAUCACAUUACAUGGAUGCUAAGAUGUCUGACAUAUGCAUCAGCACAUCGGCAGCUCCAACUAUGUUCCCUCCAUAUUACUUUGAAAAUGAUGAUGGUCAAGGCAAUAUGCAUAAGUUCAAUGUGAUUGAUGGUGCUGCUGCAGCCGACAAUCCGGCGUUAAUUGCCCUUAGCACAGUAACGAAACGUGCUGCGGAAUUUGAUCCAUCAUUCGCAAAAAUAAAGCCAAUGGACGUGAAAAGGAUUUUGCUGCUGUCAUUGGGCACUGGUGCUGCAAAUUAUGAGGGGAAAUACAAAGCACAGGAUGUAGCUAAAUGGGGUGCUUUAAGCUGGAUAAAACAAGAUGAUGGUACCACCCCUAUAAUUGAUAUUAUUUCUGCAGCAAGUCAUGCUAUGAUUGAUGAUUUCACUUCUACCAUCUAUCACGCUCUUGAUGCUGGGAACAACUAUCUCAGGAUUCAAGAACCGGCAUUAAAAGGCUCAACUACCAUAAUGGAUGAUGCUUCAGUGGAUAAUAUGAAAUUACUGGUACAAGUUGGUGAAGACUUGUUGAAGAAACCAGUUUCCAAGGAUGAUCCUGAAACCAAUGAGGAAGCUCUGAAAAGGUUUGCAAAAUUGCUCUCGGAUAGGAAGAAAGCCCGAGCAAUCAAAGCCCUCUAAAUAAUUCAAGAUAAGGCCUUGGAUUUUAUUAGUACUUGAAUAAAUGAUAUGCCAAAGAAUAAGCGCUUGUAAGGGUUAUGUUUGCCCAUCAAGUUUCGUGUUGUUUUAGAACUGUUAUGUUUUUCGAUCUCAUAAGUGAAGAAACGAGGAUAAAUUUCAAUAGAAAUAUCCCUCUAUGUAAUAUCUAAGGACUAUGUAACCUUUUGGUUGUGUGAAAUAAAUAAAACUAUUC